AUGCCUAUCAUCAGGGACUUCACCCCACCAGCCAACGCUCAGCUUCUGGAUUUACCUGAGAUCUCCAACGCGAAGUUUUUCAUCGCCUUCGUCUCUUCAGAUGAUCCUGUUACCAAGCAGCCAUGGUGUCCCGAUGUCCGUGCUGCCUUGCCACAUAUCGAUGCCGCCUUCUCUGCCGAAACUGCGCCCACAGUAGCUAUUGUUCCCGUUGGACAGAAGCACGAAUGGAGAGAUGCUAAGAACAUCUAUCGCACAAACUGGAACAUCCAGAAUGUUCCAGCAUUGGUGCGCUUUGAACGCAUUGACAAUGAGAUCUCGGCAACUGGAAAGUUGAUCGAGGGAGAAAUUUUGGACAAGGCCAAGCUUGCAUCUUUCCUUGCUUGA